AGAGGAAGACAAGGCACUGGCACACUGUAUGGGAAGAGAGACUUAGAAAAAGACAGAGAGAGAGCGAGAGAGAGAGAGAGAGAGAGAGAGAGAGAGAGCGAGAGAGAGAGAGAGAAGAGCACGGGGACCGCUGUUGCUCGCGCCUCCUCGCGGUGCGCUCGCGACGAACACCAAUCCGCGGGAAAGCUCCAGGUCGGUGACAGCAGCCAGAGGAGAGAGGUGGAACCGCAAACACGGACAAACGUCUGUCUCUUCCCAGCAAUCACUCCUGUUUCUCCGUAUCAGGGGGACGCUGUCCUCUCAGUGUCCUCUCCGGCUGUUGCAGCCUCUCGCACACACAGAGGAGCGGUUAUGUGAUGGGUGUUGGAGAGGAGCCCGGAGAGGGAAGCGGGGUGAUGAUGAAGAGCAGGUUUCUGCCGCUGACCGGGAAGUUCGGUAUCCACUUACAGACGACGCUCAGCGGGGAAUAAAGGAGCUACCGCUUUCACUGAGGGAUUAACAUUACUUCUUUGUAUAAUUUGCUGUAGAAUUACUCCAGUUGUCCUUGUUUCUGCGCUGAAAUGUGGUUUUAAUGAUGCCCGAGCUCACCUUCGGAUCGUACAUGUUGCCUGGCUGACACAGCGGCUGUCUCUGGAUUGUGGUUCUUCUAUGCCCAUAUUUGGAGCUAUUUGAGUAACAGGACGCUACACAUCCAGGUCAACUGACCGUCUAAUGUCCGUGCUGAGUGUGACAGCCCUACUGUGACAUGGAAAAAACGGGACUCUACAGCCUCCUUUAUUACUUCAUUCUCAAUUCACCCUUUAUGAUUUGUGCAAAUGCUGCAUUUACUGAAGUCCCUAAAGAUGUGAGUGUGGGGGAGGGAGAGGACGUGGAGAUGCCCUGCGCCUUCAGGGCUGUCAGCUCAGCGCCCAUGUCUUUGGAGAUCCAGUGGUGGUACCUGAAGGAGGAUGUGCCUAAAGAACUGCCUCAUGAGCUGCAGAUCAGCGCCCCAGCCAACAGAGCCAAGGUCGCUCCAAGGGAAGCCACAAAAAUAAGUACUGUGCGUGUUCAGGGCAACGCCAUCUCCCACCGCCUCAGCCUGUCCAAGGUGAAGAAGGAAGACGAGGGGGUGUACGAGUGUCGCGUGUCUGACCUGUGGGCCGAUGAGACUCAGGAAUUCACGGUUCACGCCACGCUGCACGUCACGCCGGGUGACGGCAUGGUGGCCGAGGAGGCUGUGUCACACAUCCAGAACCGCUGGCCGCUGAGGAAUACCAACACAGCGCUGGGAGGGGGUGGAGUGGGGAGGGCCACCUCAGAGCCCGGCUAUGGGCUGGCAGGAGGUCAGAGGUUAGGGCAGGGGAAGCACCGGGUGCCUCAGCAGGCCCAGCCUGGCCUCCUCCCGUCCAUCUUGUCCACCACCACCUCGGUGGCCAAGUCGUCAGCCUCACCGCUGCCAGGGAACGCAGCCAUCCUCCGGCAGCAGCACGGAGCUGGCUGCAGUGUGAUGAGCACCAUGGACCCCCUCCUCUGCAUCACUCUCCUGUUUCUGCAUAAGCUCCUCCCCUUCCUGUUGGCCCACUGAAGAGACUUCAACCAAAAUUAUGUCGACCUGCAACAUUCUCACUUUCUAUACCAAAAACAAAACAAAACAAGCAGCAGUCAGUGUCCACCAGGGCAGAAAAGGUCACAUUAAAUCAAUGUAUGCCGUUGCAACACAUCACCGCAGGGAAUAAAAGCAGUGCAACGAGGAGUUGGACAGACUAGAUUAAAGAAAAGAAGGACACUCCUCGGACUGGAGACAGAUGAAAGCUACAGGACUGUCGACAGAGUAGGGUGUGGAGAAGAAAAAUGUGCUUUCAGUGAAUGAUGGGAGCAUCGCUACUGAUCCACACACAGCCUAUACAGCGUGGCCACAUGAAGCGCUGCGUCUGCUCUGCACCUGCUCCAUGCAUGGCCCUGCUCAAACACUCCACACUCACAUUUCAGCAGCUCUGCAGCUUUUCCACUGUCAGUUCUGUUCAUCUGACAAUGCAGAUCACUUCAGUGUGAGUCCUACUGCUGAUUUCAACAUAGCCACUUUCAUUUGUUACGGUCGGGCCACACUGCCUACCUGAGCAGCACGUGUGCGUCACGGAACCUCUUGGUUUUCUUUUGGGCGCUCAUGUUAACAAAUCAGAGCAGCCACACAGCCCGCAUGAGCAGCUUGUGAGCAGCGAUGCUUCAUCUAGAGAAUAGAGGUCUUGCCUAUUUCUUAUGCAACACACAUGCGGUUCUCAGCAAAAAUACACAGUGAAAAUGAUCUAUUCAUAGUCAUAUCGACAUCAUAACAGCAAAACGUGCAACUUUCACUAGAGUUUCAAUGUCUGUAUCUGUAGGAUAUGUCAGACAUGAAAAAAUAUAAAUGUUUUUUUUUUUAACUCAACACCUCCUGUAUCAGUUUCAGAUUAAAAGCCCUCUGGCGUUUCUGUGGACAGAAUCCUUCAUUUGUUAACAAGGCUACCAGUGUAUUGUAUUUAUUAAAGGUUAACUCAGUGUAAAAAAGAUAGUACUGGAAGCAGCAAUGCUGUCUGUGUGGACACCACCAGCUGUCUCUGUGGACAACACCAGUUCAGUGAGGGAGCCGCCACGCACAGGUAGAGGUAGGCAGUGUGGCCCGGGCAUUAUAUGGAAGACAUGUUACCUUCAUGUUUUUUUCUUUGGAAGGGGUGGUUUGUUAAGCAUGACUUGUCGAUCAUUUGCAUAUUUUGCCGUAGCCUAUCAGGCAUCUUCAUUAUUCAGAGCUACUGUUCAUCCAGUGUGUUAGUCUGGUGUAUGCCAUGUCCACGCCCUCCUACACACAUACAAACACUUACCUUUGUUCUGAGCUUUGUUCCAUAAUGUAAACAACAAAUAAUAAGCUGAUAUAUUUUGAUUAAGAUAAGGUACACUGUACCAUUGUUGUUGUUAAUCACCUCCAAUAAUGUUUAUUUUUAUUAAAUAUAUGGUGAGUCAUUUCAUUUCUGAGACAAAAAAUGAUUUAUUGGUAACUUGCCAACAGCAGUUGAGAUUAAGGUUUAUUGUUUUUGUAAUAAAAGGUAGAUUUUAAAGGUG